AAAGCAUAAAGUUUGCCCCCCACACAGUAUACGUUUCACGUUAACCCUCCAGAAAUACACAUCCCGGAGUGUCUUGUUGCAGCUGAGUGGGAACCCUCUCAGACUUAAAAAGAACGUCGACACGGAAAGUUAUAUCAUCGAGUGGUGAAAACAUUGUUUGCAAAUUACGAAAGAGCAUCGUUGAAACUACAAUAAUGAACAAUCCACAUGCAUCAUGUGCAAAGUUCAAGCAUCGAAGCCCAUUGCCUGAAUGAAACUACAUCGAAGGGGUGGCUCACUGCUGGGCUUUGAAGACUACAGUUUAUACACCAACCUGUCGGAUGAAGAGCUAAUCCAUCUGGCCAUCGAACGCAGCCUGACUGACACUCAUGCAACUGCAGUUUCUGACCGUCCCACUAGGAUGCCUGCUUGCCAAAGUGUGAACUCUGCCCCCAGAAACCCAGCUCUUCCUCCUCCUCAGAAUGUUCAGCCACCAGCCCACCCACUCUGGCUUCUGGACAGCUUAUUUGAUAAAAGCCUCAACUAAAAAUGGACAUGCUCCAUUAUCACUUUGAAGGACUUUGCAUUGUUGGAACCUAACCAAGAUCUGGGAACAGGCUGUGAGGGUCACAGUUGCUUUAAUAUUUGGGAGGAUACAAUAACUCUUCUGAGGUGACAGAAACUGGGGAGAUUGCAGUAGCCUUUAUUUAGACCUAUUUAAUAUUUGCUCCUUUUUAUGACUUUUUGUGUGGCUUAUUUAAUAAAAAGAGGAAUUUUAUAUAGCCUAGUGCUUGUUUUGAGCUUCUAAUGCUUCAUACAUAUGUUGUUGUCUUAUCCAAGUCAUUUUUCCAAAGACAGUGGGGGUACAUGUUAUAUUUCAACACUUAUAUCAGAUCAUUUAUGGCUGGUGAGCAUGCAGACACUUUGUCUCUCCUGAUAACGGAACACUGCUUCACACUCAGGCAAAACUGCAAAAAUAAUCUCUUACCCUGGUGUCUGAUAAGCUGAUUUUGGGUGUGAGGGGGAGGGGGGUUGUUAGGAGAGCAUUAGAUGAGGUAGGCAAAGUAUUGAAUACUUUUUUAAUGAAUAAAUAAAACUGUGUAAAUAAAGCAUUGCAUUGGUGUGUACAUGGGAGUACUUUGUUAAAAUCAGGAAUGCUCAGUGAUCUUCCACUUUGGUUUAUUCUGUACUCUCAUUGCACCGUCACAUCAAUUUCUGUGUUGUUCCGGUCUGUUGACAACAGUCUACAUGCAGUCGUCUGCCUUUGGCAGUGGACGUUCUUUGGAGACUGAGCAGUUCACAUGCCACCAAUAGGCAUGACGAACAGAAAUCCUUUGCAUGCAAGAGAUUUUCCUAGUUCGUUUUGAAGUUCUGAACUGACAAUUAAACCACGGUUGCAGGCACUGGCUGUUUGUUAUUGUUUCCUUUUCUUGAUAAGUAUUUUAAAUUUAAAAAAGAAAAGGCUUGUGUUGCCUAAAAGUGCCGUUGAACUUAUCCAGGUUCAUUUGAACACUCUGUUGUUCAAAUAAUUCUGUCAGACAGCAUUGUUUCAAAUUCCAUAAAAACAACAAACAAAGUAACUCAGCAUCUCAUGUUUCACCUUAGCAUUAUGAUAUAAUAUUACAUUGUAAUAUUAUAGGCAUGGUACUAACUCACAGCUGCAAAGUAUGCACACAUCUUGCAGUGAUGAUGAGAAAAUCAGCCAUAUCCAUCAGAGUUGUUAGAGGGGGGUGAGCAGAAGGGUGCACAGCACAAAUAAAUAUGAGCUUGUGAUAGGCUGUUUAACCUGUAAUGGAGAUGGAAAUGGAACAUUUUGUUUUGAAAAGUGUUUCCCCAAAACACAGCUAGCUAAUACCUCACGGAGUACUUGCUUAAGUAAUUGUCAACACCAUACUGGAGAUAUUUAAAAUAGGAAUUUCUGUGCAUGCACAAUUACGUAUUAAUAUCAGAUCCCUGAAAAGAAAAUUAUUAUUUGUCAGUCUCCAGUCUCAAAAGAAGAUGCACAACUGGCCAUAACAUUCAGGGAGGAUGGGUUUCAGUUGGUGAGGUGUGCCUCGUCUGACCACACAAAAGUGACUCCUCUGUUCAGGAGCCUGGAGUCUGGCCCAGAGAGUUAAACACCUGCUGGCAGAGCACAGGCAAGGCUGCACUCUGUCAAAAUAAUGAAGGGCACUGCAGUGAUAGGGUGAGCCAACUAACAUGACUUGGCAUUCCAAAUAUAAAGAAAAAUGCUUAAUGCGAAGGAUCAGUAUUUUUAAAGACAUCUUUGCUUUAUGCUGCUAUACAUGAAAUGUGGUGAGCAACAGAUUUUCAUUUAUUAUGAUUGUUUUUAUUAUGUGCACUUUUGCUCCAAGGCAGCUACUAAGUUUUACACUGAUGGCCACACAGUGUUACAGGAUAGCUAGACUGAAUUAGAUUAGUGAACUCUUAUUUUGUUACAGCACAUUUUUAAUUUUUCGACAGAAAUAGAAAUCCUACCCUUGGCACAAAAAAGCCAUUUGUGCCCACAUCUCAGAACUACAAGGUGAAUGUCUGUUAUUGCUGUAGGGCAAAGCAUGCAUUUGGGAGAUUUUUUUUUUCCCUCAAAAAAUCAUAUACUGAUGUGGCUGACUGCUUCAUGACUAUUCUUCAUUAGAAAUGGGGUUGUCAUGAGUCAGGCACAGAGUUGAAUGAUAAUUAGGAGAAAUAAUCGGGUGGAUGUCAAGUCUAAUGAUAGACGAUGUGCCAGUCCUAUGGUUUCAUUAAAACAAUCGUCGUACUGUUUAAGGCCCUUUUUACACUCAUAUACCCUCCAGUUGACGAAAUUUGACGGAAUACUGCGCAUCCGAUAUAUGGGGUCAUAUGGUUACAGCCAGCCUACUCCCAGAAUCGAGACGUAAACUAGCGCUUCUUCUCAUGCUGCUCUUUUUAACAAAUAAUGCAUAAAAGCUGUUUCGGUGUCUAUGGUGGUGUGGCGUGUACGUCCUGCAUUGCCUUCCUUUAAUUAAUAUCUGUCAAGAACACAAAAUGCAGUGAGCAGUCCUGCUCUUUUCUUGUGUCCACCAAUAGAAAAGAACGUUUGCUAUGAACCCUCGUGCCGUGGGGUUGUGCUUUUCUGUAGAAUACGUUCAAGUAACUGUCACGUGGCGGCCUUCAACAAAAGUAUUACGAAGAAUUGCCACUAACGAUUGUGCCACAUUUAUCUGGAAGUGUAGCCCAAAUUCCCUGGCAGCGCAUUACUGCGCAUACGAUAAAACCGGCCAGGUGGGAUUGUUUAAAUGACAAGGAAAUCAAGAAACGCACACAAAACAGUUAAAGGUUUUGAAUUUCAGGCAGCCUAAUACAAUAUAACCUCGGAUAUCGAACACGUCCUGUAGUUCUGGCAAAAAAAUCUGGUUGCCUGCUUUACAGCUCCCUCGUGUCUUAAUGCCAUUAGCCUAGUAUUAUCGCGUUUGGGGAGACUGAUUGGUUUGCUUUGUCAUAUAUGGUCAUCGCCUGCAGCCACACAUGUCAAUACAAUCCGAAAAUAAUCGUAGCGCAGCUGGGUCCCCUUUGGCUUUCCUCAGCUGUUCUCAUUCAAGAACUGGAUACACUUUACGGUCAGGGCAAAUAGGCACUUCAAAAUGACACGAUUUAGUUAUAGAAGGUAUCUAUCGCUGUUUCGCUCCAGUGGGACAAACGAUUUCCAGCAAUGCAAGAAUACCGACGGGACGAAGAACUAUCCCUUUGUCACUGGCUGUGGCGAGAGAAGCGUUGCGUGGCGGAGAUGCGAUGGCUCACUUUACGUCACCCCAGACCCCGUGGAGGAUGUUUAUACUAUAGUAACAGCGAUUAAGAACGGUGAUGUGAAAGCCGUGAAUGACCUCUCAUCUUCUUCUGCAAAAAGCCUGAUGUUGGCAAACAAGGAUGGGUGGAUACCUUUGCAUGAGGCAGCCUAUUAUAACCAGGUCGAAUGUGUAAAGGUUCUCCUGAAAGCUCAGCCCACUUCCAUUGAUAAGCGCACCCUGUUGGAGCAGACAGCUCUCCUUCUGGCAGUGGCCAGGGAGAGCUUAGCCUGUGUGCAGUACCUGCUGGAGAAAGGUGCCGACCCUGAAAUUGCCAGCAAAAACAAAGACACCCCUCUUUACAAAGCUUGCGAGAUGGAGAAUGUGGAAAUUGUGGCACUUAUUCUUAAGUUUGGAGGUGGGGUGAACCAGCGUUGCAUCCAGGGCUGGACCGCUCUCCAUGAGGCAGUGUGUCGCAACAACAUAGAGAUCUGCGAGAUGCUAGUGGCAGCUGGGGCUGCAGUGAACCCACCUGACAUGUACGGCAUCACACCUCUGUUUGUGGCUGCCCAGAGCGGAAGAGUUGAGGCACUGUGCUUCCUCAUUAAAAAUGGUGCAGAUGUCAACAGCCAGGCAGCUGAUGGGGCCACAGCUCUUUUUGAGGCCAGUAAGAAUGGGCACAAGGACGUAGUGGAAAUCCUGCUCACUCAUAAUGUAGACGCAAACAGACCUGCCAAGAGUGGACUGCUGCCCCUGCACAUUGCUGCUGACCGUGGAUUCGAUGAGAUUGUGUCCCUGCUUCUGCCAGCCACCAGUAGGGCCCGGCUGCGACGGAGUGGCGUCAGCCCCCUCCACCUGGCUGCAGAGAAGAACCAGGACGACGUCCUGGAGGUCCUGAUCAAGGCGGGCUUUGAUGUCAACGCCAUGCUAUCCCACGACCGCUCCAUCAUGUACGAGGACCGCCGCAGCACGGCGCUCUACUUUGCCGUCACUAACAACAACGUCGCUGCGGCCACCAUGCUGCUGGAGGCCGGCGCUGACCCCAACCUGGACACCUUAAAUGCUCUUCUGGUGGCCGUGCGACAGGGCUGCAUCAAUACCGUCGUCCAGUUGGUGGAGCACGGCGCCAACGUCAAUGCGACCAUCCCCACCUACCCAACCUCCUUCCCCAGCUCAGUCAUGUUCUGCGUCAGAUACUUGCCUCUGCUCAAGUACCUGAUGGACAGGGGCUGCAAUGCUCUGGCCUGCUUCAGGUGCCAGCAUGGUAGCAAGCCACACCCACCAAUCAAUGCCCCCCGCAGCAGGGGCACAGAGGGCAUUCCAGCACAUAGCCACAGUGAAACACCCCUACAGUUCUGUGAGAUGCUCUCCUCACCCUCUGUGAGUAGCUGGGCGGGGCCUGUCAUUGACCUGCUGUUAGACUACGUCGGAAAUGUAGUACUGUGCGCCAGGCUAACCGAGCAUUUGGACAGCUACGAGGACUGGGCCGUCAUCAAAGAGAAAUCCAGACAACCUCGUCCCCUGAUGCACCUCUGCAGGCAGACAAUUCGCAGACAGAUGGGAAUACAGAGGCUGAAACAUCUGGACGACUUGCCUCUUCCAGGACGGCUAAUCAAGUACAUGAACAAUGAUCGCACCAGGGAUGAAUGUUUAUACUAGCAGGGAUCAGAUCAGCAAAAAGUUUGUGGUGAAAAAUUCCCUUAUCUGCUUAUUUUUACUUUUUAGGCAAACUGGGGGUGCUCCCGUUGUGGUAAGGUGUUGGUAGAUAUAACAAUGCUCCAUCUAAGUUAUGAAUGAUAUAGUGGCUGUAUCCAACAACACCUAAACAUUGCCAAACGUUAUGCAACCUUUUGUUUUUCUUUAACCUUAAGCCAAAAGGAUUUCUAUAGGUACUGAAGUAUAUAUAAAAUAUUAUUUAUGAGAUAGUGUGGUCUUAACUGAAAUGGGGUAGGAGUGUAGCACAGGGGGUAAGGAACUGGGCUUGUAACCGAAAGGUCACAGGUUCGAUUCCCGGGUAGGACACUGCCGUUGUACCCUUGAGCAAGGUACUUAACCGAAAUUGCUUCAGUAUAUAUCCAGCUGUAUAAAUGGAUACAAUGUAAAAGUUGUGUAAGUCGCUCUGGAUAAGAGCGUCUGCUAAAUGCCUGUAAUGUAAAAAUGUAAUGAGUAAGCAUGUGGCACUUAUCAUUGCCUUUUUAAAGCUUAACCUCACUGUACCAACCACCCAAAUGUUAUAGCCCAAAUGUAUAUGUAUUUAUACCCUUUUGAAUGUGAGAUUUUUUCAUUCUCUUUGCAGAUUGUUUUGAACCGAACUGGUUUGAGCUGUUUGAAUGUAGCUUUUUUAUGGCCAGGGGUAAUAGGGCCUCCCAGACUGUAACUUCAUUUGUGUACUGACAAUCAUUACAUAGAAAUGACAGGCAAACUUCUGUAACAUCUCUGUAACAUCACAAUUUGGAGUAAUUAGUAAAAGUGUACUAUGAGGGUGUCUAAAAUUGUUGUGUUCUGUGGACACAUGAAGAGGUCAUGGCCAUUCAGUGAACCUUAUUUUUUAAUGUGUUUUUGUAUUUAUUUGUGCACAUUUAUUUUCUUAAAAAUUUUUGUUCUUAUUAUUUUGCCUUGGAGUCUGAUGAGUUUUAUUGCUGAUUUAAUAGCAUUUUAUUUGAGCGUGACUUCAUUUAAAGUAAGCCAUAUGUUUAUGAACGGUGAGAAAAUACUGACUUCUACCAAAGGGCUAUAAAUAAUGAGGGCAGCUGUAUAGUAAUACAUGUUAUAUGUAAUGCACUGCAAGAAACUGAAAGGUUGUUAGCUGAGAUACACAUUUUUUAAAGAGCACUGGAUAGUGAAGUUGAACAGAUGUAUUAAGAAUAAUUACUCCGGGACACAGAAAUCAGUAUUUUGUAGAAAGAUCUAUUGCUUUAAAAGGCUGUUUCUACACAGUCUUACAGUUUGUCACAUUUCCAACUGUGGAUUAGACAUACUCCAUAUUAGGAACAUAUCUACCUCGUCAGCCUAAUGUUUUUACUUAUAUGCAAAAGUAUUGGUCAAGUUGUGUACAAUGUGAUGUGACAGUAUAGCAGAAUCUGUUAAGUGAUCCUCCAGUACUUCUCAUAAACUAAUAGGAAUAAAUUAUAUGUAUUAAUCUCAGUGGUUCACUGGGUAAUAGAUUUUUGUUUUGGUAAGCUGUAUGCAUUUCUAUAGAAAUUUCUGUAUAAUUAUAGCUGUCCAGUUAGUGGUCAUACUGUAUAUUGGCUUACCGGGGAGAUGUGUAAUAUUACUGUACAUCAGUGUCUCCACACUUAAUACUGUAUUUCAGCAAUAAAUGUUUCCACAAUUUA